AUGUCUACGUGGAUUCAGGAUGCAGACGAAUUGUCAAGGGAUAGCGGGAAGCGCCGCUUGUCAGGACGCAUACAUAUCCUCGGGUUAGGCAAUGUUGGGACCUUCGUCGCUCACUCACUUGCAAGUCGAGCAUCGCCGCCCCCUAUUACGCUUUUGCUGCACAAUCCAGAUCUAUACAGAACCUGGCUGGCGAAGAAGAAGUGCUUAGCAGUUAACACCAAUGGCCUGGAUGACAUCAAAACGGGCUUUGACAUUAAUGUUCUAGGUGACAAGACCUGGCAUUCCCUACCAUAUUGGAACAAAGAUGGUACGCCAGAAGAGGGUAUCGAAAGCCAAGAGGCCAACGUUGAAGAAUCACUGGCCCGGUCAGCAGAAGAUGACGAGCAUAUUGAAUGCUUAAUUGUGACUGUCAAGGCGCCGGUAACUGCAAUGGCUUUGGAAUCAGUCAGCCACCGUCUGACUCCUGAUUCCACCGUUCUUUUUCUCCAAAAUGGUAUGGGCGUUAUCGACGAGAUAAACAAGAAGAUUUUCCCUGAACCGCAUCAACGUCCACACUACAUGCAAGGUAUCAUCUCACAUGGUUUGGCGCGACGGCGGGAUCAUUUCCAGGUCUCCCAUACGGGAGUUGGCUCAACAAUCCUGGGCCGAGUUCCCUCUCCUGGUACUAUAUCUCCAGCAAACGAAAAUGAUGUAGAUUGGGUUCCAAGUACUAAAUAUCUCAUGCGCACCUUGACCCUCACGCCGCCGCUUGUUGCUGUUGCAGAAACCCCUUCCGCCCUCAUGUUAUACCAACUUGAGAAGCUGGCGAUGAAUGCAGUGAUCAACCCUUUAACAGCCGUGAUGGACUGCGAGAAUGGCGAGCUUCUAUACAACUACAGCAUGACACGCGUAAUGCGCUUACUUCUCAUGGAAAUCUCAAGUGUGAUAUGCGCCUUACCGGAACUACAGGGCAUCCCUGGGAUUGAAAGCCGUUUCUCUCCAGAACGACUCCGAUGGAUGGUUACGCAGCUUGCCAAUCAAACUGCAAAGAACCACAGUUCGAUGCUGCAAGAUGUUCGGUCUAGGAAAACAACCGAAAUCGAGUAUGUCAACGGCUACAUUGUGCGCAGGGGCGAAGAGAUCGGCAUCAAAUGCGUGGUGAAUUACAUGAUGAAACAUCUGGUCCUUGCCAAACAACAGAGUUCGAAGCAGAGAGAAUCCGGCGCCAUCCCGGUUGAUUUGCUAAAUGGCAUAUAA